AUGUUUUUUAAUCCAUUUUUUCGACAAAAUAUUCCUGGUGGUCAACCUAUGGGUGGUGGUGCUGGUGUUCCAUUUCGUGCUGUUUAUCAAUGUUAUUCAGCUGCAUUUUUACCUGAUCGUGAUCGUGAACGUCUUAAUGUUGAAAAUGGUGGAAAAAUUUUACUUCCACAAGCUGCUUUAGAACAUUUAAUUGAACAAAAUCAUAUCAUGUUAUUUCAAUUAAAAAAUAAAAAACUUGAUCGUAUAACACAUUGUGGUGUAUUAGAAUUUUUACCUAAUGAUGAUCCAAUGUGUUAUUUACCUAAUUGGAUGAUGCAUCAUUUAUUAUUACAAGAAGGUGAUGAAAUAAGUGUUGAAUCUGUUAAAUUACCAACAGCAAAAUUUGUACGUUUUCAACCACAAUCAAAAGAUUUUCUUGAUAUAUCAAAUCCUAAAGCUGUUUUAGAAACAGCAUUAAGAAAUUUUAAUUGUUUAACUAAAGGUGAUCUUAUUGCAAUAAAUUAUCUUAAUCGUAAUUAUGAAUUAUGUGUUUUGGAAUUAAAACCAGCUGAUGCUGUAUCAAUUAUUGAAUGUGAUAUGGAAGUUGAUUUUGCACCACCAAUUGAUUAUGUUGAACCAAAAUAUAUUCCAACAUCAUCACAAAAUAUAUCAACAACACCUAAAACAAGUAGUUCAAUGGCAAUGACACCAGCUGAUUCAAUAUCAGGAAUACCAAAUAGUUAUAAAAGUCCAUCAACAUUUAUGCCAUUUCAUGGACAAGGUAAUCGUUUAGAUGGUAAAAAUAAAUCAAAAGAUCAAGAACAACAACAACAAAAUAAUUUACAAAUUCAACAAACACGUGGAAUACCAAAUUAUGAUUAUGAAUAUGGUACAUUACAAUUUUUACGUAUACCAUUACGUUCAAUUAAUGAUGAAACAACAAGUACAGUAGAAAAACCUAGUACAAAUAUAUUUCAACCAUUUUCUGGUGAAGGACAAAUGCUUAAACAACCUCGAAAUCAACGACCGAAAUAA